AUGUCGAUCGCUGAAGUCUGUGUGCCUCCCACCUGCAGGCUGGUUCACAUGAUGGGCGGCAGCAUUUGGCUGCACUCUUCACCUGGCACCGGCAGCACCUUUGCCUUCUCUGCGACCUUUGCUGCGCCGCCCCUCUCUCCCUGCACCCCGCGUGCUGCCCCCCGUGCUGCCCCCCCUCCCCCACGGCGCACGGUGAGUGCGGAGGAGCUGGACGGCCGCCUCGCCCUGGACGCCCUCUCGCUCUCCCUGCUGCCCUCCCUCGUCCUCCACCGCUCCUCCUCCCGCGCCCUGCCUCCCCCCCUCUCUCCCUCCGCCGCCUCCUGUGCUGCCAGCGCUGGUGCGCCCCUCUCUGCGCGCGCACCUGCUGCUGCCCGCAUGGGCUUCAGCUUCCCCGGGCGGCCAGACGCCGGCACAGGUGGGGCAGCGGAGCGUGGAGUGGCAGUGCACGGUGGAGGCGAGGGCGCGGGCAUGGAUGCUAGGGCGAAUGCAGCAGCGGGUGCGGGUGGUGGGGGUGCGGUCCAGGCGGUGAGGCGUGGCGAGGGCAGGGCAGGGCGCAGCCGGCGCAGAACACAGAGCUUCACGUGCGGGGAUGCGAGCACAGGGCGCAUGCUGGAGGAGGUGCUGAAGCAGGCAGGCGCGGAGCAGCAGGCGGGCCAGCAGCUGCUGCAGCAGCCCGCCAAGCUUCCCUCCACCAGAUUCGCUGCUGCUGGCCCCCACGCCCACGCCUCUGCUGCCCUUGCAGCCGCUGCUGCGCCAGGUGCUGCUGGGGGCAGCUAUGGUGGUGGUGGCGGCCGCGGCCGUGAGGCUCAUGCUGACACGGGCUCUGGAGCUGACAGGACGCAACACAGUGGUGUCAGCGGCACAGCCGCGGCAGCAGCAGUGGCAGCAGCGGCAGCGGCGGGUGCUGCAGAAAAGGGUGCAGCGAAAAGCUCCUCAGGUUCCGAUGGGUGGAUGUUUCCGUUCGAUCUAUCUGCUUCUCAUGGCCCUCGCACCCUCCACCCGCAGCAAGCGCAGCAGCAGGAGGAGGAGAGGCAGCGGGUGGAGCAGCAGCAGGAGGGACGUGUACCAGCGGGCCAGCUGGAGAGGAGCAGCAGCGAGGGCUUUGCGGUGCGGCGGCGGCACCUGCUGGUGGCACGCGGGCGCACGCGGUCCAUGGAGUGCAUGCGGGGGGGGGAGGCACGCGAGUGGGGCGGUGCUCGCUCCCCAGAGCAGGCUGUGGGUGCGCUGGGCGAGCGCAGAGGGGGAGACGGGAGUGGCUUAGGCGGCGCCUCAGGCAGCGGAGCAGCAGUGGCGGGCAGAGAGGGUGGCGGUGGGCAUGGUGGCGAGGAGAGCAGAGAGGGGAGCAGCAGCCCUGGGGUGGAGGUGCCGCGCCUCCCAUCGUGGAGCCCAGGCAGUGGCAGUGGCAGUGGGGCGCGCAUGGCAGGCAGUCCUCGCACAGGAGGGGGUGUGGGGGCCAUGGCAGGCAUGGCGGGCAUGGGGGGCAUGGCGGGCAUGGGGGGCAGAGCAGCAAGCAGCGAGCCCAGAAGCCCCCGUGCACAAGCAGGUGCGGAGAGCAUUGGGCGUGCGGUGGGUGGUGGUGUGGAGGCGAGUGUGGCGAAGCUGAGUCGCGUGGUGGAGAGGGAGGACGAGGGGCUCAGUGAGGAUGACGCCCCUGCCGCGCGCACAGCGCAGCAAGCCAGGAGGGAGGGGCGCGUGCGGCGUGGCAGCGCUGGACGCCUAUCCAUGGAGGGAGGCGCGGCGGAACCGCAAGGGGAGAGUGCAGAUGCUCACAGGGAGCAGGGCGGAGAGCAGGCUGUGGGGAGGGUGAGAGGAGAACAGGAGCGGUUGAAGGGACUGAGUGCAUCUGAGGAGGAGGGCAGAGGGGAGGUGGGAUGGAGAGGCCAGAGGGAGUUGAGGGGGCCCCCCUUGUCGGUGGGUGGCAGUGGGAGGUUGGCGGAGGCAGCAGGUGAGAUGCGGCCCAGCGUGAGCUUCAAGGAGUCCUUCUCUGCCCACCACGAUGAGCCGCUGGGCAAUGGCAGCCCAGACCCGUGUGAGCCUGUCAGUCGUGGCAGUGCGAGCAGCUGUAGGGGGGAUGUGGGCACAGCAGCAGCAGGUGCGGCACCAAGCAGCAGGGCGGGUGCAUGUGGGUCGUUGGGGCGGCAAAGGCAGCUGAGAGUGCAGCACCUCACCUUCCAGCUGCCUGAAGACACCUCCCCCUCACACUCGCCCUCCACACCCACCUUUGACUCGCGCCGCCCAUCCCUCAGGCCGCCUGCUGAUGCACCUGCGCCCGGCAUGCCCGCCAUCUCACCGCGCCCGCCUCUGUCCCCGCGGCGCCCUCACGUGGACGCGUCCACGGCGGGCGUGGCGGAGCCCAGCACCAUGGACGCCAUCUACGCGCGCAUCCAGGCCCAAGCUGCCGCCUCUCGCCCCCUCGCCCCCACCCGCUCACCCCCCACCGCCGCCGCUGCAGGCGACGGCUCGCGCAGCAGCUUGGCGCGCGGCAGAGAGCCGCCUCCCCUGGACGUGCCGUCCACACCGUCGUCCUCCGCACGCCGCGCUGGGGGGGGGCUGCUGCGGCAGAAGUCAGGCGGGAUGGCACUGCUGCAGCGGCAGGGCACGGGGGUGGGGCGGCAGGGUGGGGGGCUGGCGAGGCAGGGCACGGGGCUGGGGCGGCAGGCGAGUGUGAAGCUGAAGCAGAAGCCGGUGCGUGCGGCGAGCCCACGGGCGAUGCUGUCGGUGACUGCGCUGAACAUCCUGCUGGCGGACGACAGCGUGGUGAACCAGAAGGUGGCGGUGCGCUUCCUCAAGAAGAAGGGCAUGGUGGCCGACGCCGUGGGUGACGGCGCUCAGGCCAUCCAGCGCCUCUACCCCAAGGAUGGCGGCAUCUCGCCCUACGACCUCCUGCUGCUCGACGUGCAGAUGCCAGUGAUGGACGGGCUUCAGACAGUGCGGGUCAUUCGUGAGAAGGAGACAGCCGAGAAGCUUCCCCACCUGCCAGUCAUCGGGCUGACAGCGCAUGCGGCGGAUGUGUACCGCGACCAGUGCAUCUCUGCCGGCAUGGACGGCUUCGUCUCCAAG